UGGUCAUUUUUGCCUUAUCACAAGUUGCACUUUAUUUUGCCGUGAAGUUUAUUCUUAGCUCACUUGAUCCGCUUAAAGACAAGAAGAAAAUAGCAAAAGCGAGGAGUGAAGAAGUUUUGGGAAAAUUAGGAGCAAAGAACUUAAAAUUAAACGAAUACGAAGAGGUGAUCUUAACAGAAGUAAUAUUUCCAGACGAAAUCUCUGUGAAUUUCGAACAAAUUGGAGGCCUCGAUCCAAUCAUCCAGUCUCUUCGAGAAUCCGUUAUUUAUCCUUUAUGCUAUCCACAAUUGUUCAGUUCUUCGUCCGGGUUAUUGGGAGUUUCAAAAGGAGUAUUGCUUCAUGGCCCACCUGGUUGCGGUAAGACUAUGCUCGCUAAGGCACUCGCUCGGGAAUCUGGCGCCAACUUUAUAAAUCUUCACGUGUCAACUUUGACAGACAAAUGGUUUGGAGAAUCAAACAAGCUCGUUGCUGCCGUUUUUUCUGUUGCUAAAAAAUUGCAGCCGUGUAUUAUCUUCAUUGAUGAAAUUGACGCUUUCUUGAGGGAAAGACGAAGUAGCGAUCAUGAGGUCACUGGUAUGAUGAAGGCCGAAUUUAUGAGGUGA